CAAAGAGCUGUUUCGGGCUCUGACUAAACGCGAUUCCGAUGACGUCGGCCUUGACGUCGUCGCUGUUGACCGCGGGAUGCAAGGACAUCCCGAAGAAGACUGGCGUGAUUGGCGACCUUAUCAAGGAGCUUCUGGCUGUCGAAGUCAAAAUGCAGGAUGCACACAUUGCCGCAAAGCAAGACCCCGACAAAGGUGAAGCAGUGCUCCAACUAUACGUGACCUUUCUCGAACGCCGCGACGCGCUCGUUGCACAACUACAAAAGGAAGGCAUAGCUGUCCCCUGGAAACUACGAAUCAAGAUCGAUGAGUUCGAGCAAUCGCUGAAAGAACGAAAGAGGACCGCCGCCAACACGUCAGCGUCCUUGUUCAGCACUCCCACCGACGAGUCCACGCCAACAUCCCGUGAAGAGGACAGCGAGCACCCCCUUGCCAUUUCGGAAACGUCGUCGUACAUCACAGGAGUGCUCCCUUUCGUCGCGUCCGUACUUGUCCUUGGCGUCGCGGUGUAUUUGGCUGUGAGUCAUGCCAACCUCGACUUGUUGCAAUAAAGAAGAUAAUCACGCGGCAGCAGUGUAUAGUAUUGCCAAGGAAACAUGCAAAACUAUUGAAAGAUAUAAAAUAAUCCCCAACUACUACAAGAGUUUCGAAGUCGCA